AUGGCAGCCAACACCAGCCCUAUUCCUUUACUCACUCCAUAUAAAAUGGGAAAAUUCAACCUCUCGCACAGAGUUGUUAUGGCACCUUUGACGAGGAAUAGAUCCUACGGCAACAUUCCUCAACCCCAUGCCAUCCUCUACUACUCUCAACGUGCAACCAAUGGAGGCUUCCUCAUUACCGAAGCAACUGGAGUUUCUGACACCGCCCAAGGAUACCCUGAAACACCAGGAAUUUGGUCUGAAGAGCAAGUGAAAGCAUGGAAGCCGAUUGUGGAUGCUGUUCAUGAGAAAGGUGGCAUUUUCUUUUGCCAAAUCUGGCAUGUGGGUCGUGUCUCCAGUUAUGGUUUUCAGCCGAACGGUGAAGCUCCAAUAUCGUGCACUGGUAAAGGAGUGACACCAGGUCUUGAUGGAGGAGACUGGUCACCUCCUCGUCCAUUAAAAACCGAUGAAAUUCCUCACAUUGUCAAUGAUUUCAGGCUCGCUGCACGCAACGCAAUUGAAGCAGGCAAAGGAAAGACUAACAGAGGAAUUUUGUACCAUUUGAUAGCACCAAUUACCAGACGUAGGCAAGUACUUAUGUUGAUGAAAGCUGAUAUUUUCUAUUUGACAGGAUUUGAUGGAGUUGAGAUUCAUGGGGCAAAUGGUUACUUGCUUGAUCAGUUCAUGAAAGAUCAAGUAAAUGACAGAACUGACAAGUACGGUGGGAGCUUAGAAAAUAGGUGCCGCUUUCCAUUGGAAAUAGUGGAAGCUGUUGUUAACGAGAUUGGAGCUGAUAGAGUUGGCAUGAGACUAUCACCUUACGCCAACUACAUGGAAGCCGGUGAUUCAAAUCCAAAAGCACUUGGCCUUUACAUGGCAAACGCAUUAAACAAAAUUGGCAUAGUUUAUCUCCAUGUAAUUGAGCCAAGAAUGAUCAAACUGAAUGACAAGUACGAAACUCCUCACAGUCUACUUCCAAUGAAAAAUGCCUUCAAAGGGACUUUCAUUGCCGCUGGAGGAUACAGGAGAGACGAUGGUGACAAGGCUGUAGCUGAGAAUUAUGCAGAUUUGGUGGCAUUUGGAAGAUUGUUUUUGGCUAAUCCAGAUUUGCCGAAAAGAUUUGAGUUAAAUGCUCCAAUUAAUAGGUACAACAGGAAUACUUUCUAUAUUCCUGAUCCUGUUAUUGGUUACACUGAUUAUCCUUUCCUUGAUGUUCCUGCUUAA